UCCUUUCUUGAUUUGGAUGCCCAGCAGUGUCCACACCCCAGAGAAGAGAUGAUGAUAAGGAUAUUUGUCCUGCUGGCCAUCUUUACUGAGACAUUGGCAGGCCCGUGUACCCCAAAUAAAGCAGAUGUUAUUCUUGUAUUUUGUUAUCCUAAAACCAUCAUCACAAAAAUACCAGAGUGUCCCUAUGGUUGGGAAGUGCACCAGCUGGCUCUUGGAGGGGUGUGUUACAAUGGAAUCCAUGAGGCAGGUUACUACCAGUUCAUAAUUCCUGACCUGUCACCUAAAAACAAGUCCUAUUGUGGAACCCAAUCUGAGUACAAGCCCCCCAUCUACCAUUUCUUCAGCCACAUUGUGUCCAAUGACAGCACAGUGAUUGUGAAGAGCCAACCAGUGAAUUACUCCUUCUCUUGUACGUAUCAUUCAACCUACUUGGUCAACCAGGCUGCUUUUGAUCAGAGUCCUUAUGCAAAACUCUCUCCCCUUUCCAGAGUGGCCACAGUACAUGUCAAGAAUGGGAGCAUGGGGUCCUUUGAAAGCCAGUUGUCUCUGAACUUCUAUACUAAUGCCAAGUUCUCCACUAAAAAAGAAGCCCCUUUUGUGUUGGAAACCUCAGAAAUUGGGUCGGAUUUGUUUGCAGGCGUGGAAGCCAAAGGGUUAAGCAUUAGAUUUAAGGUUGUCCUGAACAGCUGCUGGGCCACACCUUCAGCAGACUUCAUGUAUCCCAUGCAAUGGCAGCUAAUUGGUAAAGGAUGCCCCACUGAUGAAACUGUUCUGGUGCAUGAAAAUGGCAAGGAUCACAGAGCAACUUUUCAGUUCAAUGCUUUCCGCUUCCAGAAUGUGCCCAAAUUGUCCAAGGUUUGGCUACACUGUGAGACAUUCAUCUGUGACAGUGAAAAGUUCUCCUGCCCAGUGACCUGCGACAAAAGGAAGGGUUUCCAUGAAGAGACUGGAGGAGUGUUAGUUGUGGAACUUUCUAUCCGUAGCCGAGGCUUCUCCAAUCAUUAUGCUUUCUCAGAGAUUCUCUAUCACCUGGUCUUCAUGCUUGGCUUCUAUGCUGUGAUAGGAGGCCACAUGGCCGCUGUGGCCCCUUGACCCAAGGUCACCCUUUGCUGAUGACAAACUCAUGUUCAUUUCUGCUGCCCAAAGCAGCAAAAGAUUCUUUGAUCAGGAAUGUGAAUAAAACUUGGGCAGGUUUUUAUUUUCAGUAAUUUUUCGAAAUUUCUCAGAUCUGGAGGGGUUUUGUUUAGUUUUUGUUCCCCAAUUUCUGUCUGUUGCUACUUCUCAGGAUUGAAAGGGGCUUUCCUCUUCAUUCAGUGCCUCUUCCUUUAAUAGGAAGACGCUUUUUUUUUCUUUCCAAAUGUAAGGGCUGCAGUGGAGUCCUUUGAAAACUAUACUAAAGAUAACAGUGUAGGGGCCAAACAAAGCUGACCUUUUGAAGGGGAGCUGAGGGCCAUUCAUUUUGAAUCAAUCCCACUGUAGGAUGCCUAAGAAAGGUCAGCUCUUCAGAUAAGCAUGAUUUUGUCUAUACAGAAAUGCCAGGUUCAGGCUUCCAACCCCUGACAUAAAUGUGGACUAGUGAGCACUAUAGGGAAAACCAGGAAUCUCCAGCCUUUUCUCAGCUUUGCCACAAAAUAAAUUCAUGGUCUGACCACUUAAAGAGACUUCAAGCACCAUCAAUGAAUGGCUCUUUUUACUAUAUUAAAGUAAUAUAGCACCUAGCAUAGUAGGCACUCGAUGCUUAUUUGCAGUUCAGAGUGAAAUAGAAAUAGGAAUACUUACUGCACACUUGUGUAUACAAAGUGCUUUCCACAUGCCCCAGUUCAUUUGCGUAAUCUGAAACCCCAAACUGCACAAGUCACACACACACACACACACACACACACGCACACACACACACCCCUCCAAAAACAAAUGAACAGUUGCUGAUUCAACAAUAGGAGUUUAUUGUAGUGACUAUAUAACCAGUACAGCCUUCAGUUUAAACCACAGUGCCCAAACCCAUUUGGGAAAUUUCUUCUCUAACAGUUUCAACUUUUAGUAGGGGAGAACACAAGGGAGAAGCAUUUUAUUCUAAUCAGAAACCUCUCAGCUAGUAAAUAGUAAAUUUAUAUUCCCAUUCCUGUGAAUAUAAAUUUUUAUCCAGCAGAGCAAAUCAACGUCUAUGUUGGAUUUGGUUUAUUUUAUUAUCAAAUUUUAUAAU